UGAAUAUAAUAAGUAACAUGCCAUAAAAAAGGCGUUACUACAUUUGUAUGAGCUUUACUAAAUUUAUGGUAAAAUUCAAAACGCAAGUUCAAUGACUUUCAAAUUUAUUGGUUUGUAUUAUUUAAUUUUUUGAGGGUCAAUUCGCGAGUCUAGGUUGAAUGUUAUGAGGUGUGACUGAAAGUCUAGAGCUAUUUAUAAAUCUGCCAUUUUUUGCCCUAUAAUUCCAUAUUAGCAAAAAUUAACCAUGGGUGGAGAGUCUGUGAAGCUGCUUGGGUUUUGGGCAAGUCCUUUUGCUCUCAGAGUAAAGUGGGCGUUGAAACUAAAAGGGAUUGAAUACGAGUAUGUUGAAGAGGAUCUUCAGAACAAGAGUCCGCUGCUGUUAGAGUGCAACCCUGUUUACAAAAAGAUUCCAGUUCUUGUGCAUGGCGGUAAGCCUCUAGCGGAGUCACUUGUGAUUAUUGAGUACAUAGAUGAGACCUGGAAGCAAAAUCCAAUACUCCCACAUGAUCCACAUGAAAGGGCCACAGCACGCUUCUGGGCCAAUUUUGCCGACGACAAGUGUGUGCCAGCAAUGCAGAAUGCAUUUUCCAAACAAGGUGAGGAGAAAGAGAGGGCUGUAAAAGAAGCUCGAGAGAAUUUGAAGACCCUGGAAAGCUUUCUUGGGGAAAAAAGCUUCUUUGGUGGUGAAAGGAUAGGUUUUGUGGAUACUGCUGUUGGUUGGCUUGGAUUGUGGGCCAGACUGACCGAGGAAGCUGCCGGUGUAAGCAUUUUAGAUGCCGAGACCAUGCCUCUGCUCAAUGCUUGGUCUCAAAGUUUUGUUGAGAUUCCCAUUAUUAAAGAAAGUAUACCACCGUGGGAUAAAUUGCUCGAGCACACCAAGAACUUCCACAAGAUUUUGACAGCUGGGUCAACUUGAAGUUUUUUUUAGUCCUUCUACUAUCGGUUUCUGCAAUGUUUUAUACAUAUGCAUAAUCUUUUUUCCGCUGAGAUGCUAUAUGGUGAACAAAUACUUAUCAUUUGCUUCCUGCAAAUAUGUGUGAUUAUGAGGAUGUAAUAUACAAAUAAAAUGGCAAUAUUUCCAAGGAAUAAUGUUUUGCUUAUUUGCAAUAUAUGAAUAAAGCAAUACCUUCUCAUAUCA